GGAGAGGAGAACACACUUGGCUUUCUUGUUGGUAUCCAAUAAUAUCAACCGAACUACAGACAUCCCAACACUUUGCCCAGGCAGCCUGCUGAGCAAGGCACCUCAGCCAGCAUGGCUGUCUCUUUGCCACCCACUCUGGGACUCAGUUCGGCCCCAGAUGAAAUCCAGCACCCACAUAUUAAAUUUUCUGAGUGGAAAUUUAAGCUGUUCAGGGUGAGAUCCUUAGAAAAGGCACCCGAAGAAGCUCACACGGAAAAGAAGGAGUCCUCUGAGGGGAAACUCCCUCUAGAGCAGUCUCCUGCAGCCCUGGACAAGGCUGGUGGUGAGAAGCCGGCCUUGACGCAGCCAGCAUUGAAGCCUCACCCUAAGUUUUUGAGGAAAUUCCGCGACGAUGGGAAGGCAAGAGACAAAGCCAUCCACCAGGCCAACCUUCGGCAUCUCUGCCGCAUCUGUGGGAAUUCUUUUAAGAGUGGUGAACAUAGUAGGAGAUAUCCAGUCCACGGGCCCGUGGAUGGUAAAACCCAAGUCCUUUUACGAAAGAAGGAAAAGAGAGCCACUUCCUGGCCAGACCUCAUUGCCAAGGUUUUCCGGAUCGAUGUGAAGGCAGAUGUUGACUCCAUCCACCCCACUGAGUUCUGCCAUAACUGCUGGAGCGUCAUGCACAGGAAGUUCAGCAGCGCCCCAUGUGAGGUCUACUUCCCGAGGAAUGCAACCAUGGAGUGGCACCCCCACACACCAUCCUGUGACAUCUGCCACACUCCCCGUCGGGGACUCAAGAGGAAGGGUCUUGAGCCAAACGCGCAGCUCAGCAAAAAACUCAAAACCGUGCUUGACCAAGCAAGACAAGCACGCCAGCGCAAGAAGAGAGCCCAGGCAAGGACCAGUAGCAAGGAAGUGAUGAAGCAGAUCGCCAACUGCAGUAAGAUCCAUCUUAGCACCAAGCUCCUUGCAGUGGACUUCCCGGCCCACUUUGUGAAAUCUAUCUCCUGCCAGAUUUGUGAACACAUUCUGGCCGACCCCGUGGAGACCAACUGCAAGCACGUAUUUUGCAGGAUCUGCAUUCUCAGAUGCCUCAAAGUCAUGGGCAGCUAUUGUCCCUCUUGCAGAUAUCCCUGCUUCCCAACUGACCUGGAGAGUCCAGUGAAGUCCUUUCUGAGCAUCUUGAAUUCCCUGAUGGUGAAAUGUCCCGCGCAAGAGUGCAAUGAGGAGGUCAGCUUGGAAAAAUAUAAUCACCAUGUAGCAAGCCACAAGGACUGCAAAGAGACUUUUGUGCAUAUUAAUAAAGGAGGCCGGCCCCGCCAGCAUCUCCUGUCCCUGACCCGGAGGGCUCAGAAGCACCGUCUCAGGGAGCUCAAGCUCCAGGUCAAGGCCUUUGCUGACAAAGAAGAAGGCGGAGAUGUCAAGUCCGUGUGCCUGACCUUGUUCCUGCUGGCGCUGAGGGCGAGAAAUGAGCACAGACAAGCCGAUGAGCUGGAGGCCAUCAUGCAGGGACGUGGCUCUGGCCUGCAGCCAGCUGUUUGCUUGGCCAUCCGCAUCAACACCUUCCUCAGCUGUAGCCAGUACCACAAGAUGUACAGGACAGUGAAAGCCAUCACGGGGAGGCAGAUUUUUCAGCCUUUGCACGCCCUUCGCAGCGCCGAGAAGGUCCUUCUGCCGGGCUACCACCCCUUUGAGUGGCAGCCGCCUCUGAAGAACGUGUCUUCCAGCACCGACGUGGGCAUUAUUGAUGGGCUGUCUGGACUGUCCUCCUCUGUGGAUGAUUACCCCGUGGACACCAUUGCAAAGCGGUUUCGCUAUGAUUCAGCGUUGGUGUCUGCUCUGAUGGACAUGGAAGAAGACAUCUUGGAAGGCAUGAAAGCCCAAGACCUCGAUGACUACCUGAAUGGCCCCUUCACCGUGGUGGUGAAGGAGUCUUGUGAUGGAAUGGGAGAUGUGAGCGAGAAGCAUGGGAGUGGGCCAGUGGUCCCCGAAAAGGCAGUUCGGUUCUCCUUCACAGUCAUGAAGAUUACCGUGGCCCAUGGCUCACAGGAUGUGAAGGUGUUUGAGGAAGCCAAGCCUAACUCUGAACUGUGUUGCAAGCCCUUGUGCCUUAUGCUGGCAGAUGAGUCCGACCACGAGACCCUGACGGCCAUCCUGAGCCCUCUCAUCGCCGAGAGGGAGGCCAUGAAGAGCAGCGAAUUAAUGCUGGAGAUGGGAGGCAUCCUCCGGACUUUCAAGUUCAUCUUCAGGGGCACCGGAUAUGAUGAGAAACUUGUCCGCGAAGUGGAAGGCCUGGAGGCUUCUGGCUCCGUCUACAUCUGCACCCUUUGUGAUGCCACCCGCCUGGAGGCUUCUCAAAACCUUGUCUUCCACUCCAUAACCAGAAGCCAUGCCGAAAACCUGGAGCGCUAUGAGGUCUGGCGAUCCAACCCCUACCACGAGUCUGUGGAAGAACUCCGGGAUCGGGUGAAAGGGGUCUCGGCCAAGCCCUUCAUCGAGACAGUCCCUUCCAUAGAUGCCCUCCACUGUGACAUUGGCAAUGCGGCCGAGUUCUACAAGAUCUUCCAGCUAGAGAUCGGGGAGGUGUAUAGGAAUCCCAACGCCUCCAAGGAGGAGAGGAAAAGGUGGCAGGCCACGCUGGACAAGCAUCUCCGGAAGAAGAUGAACCUCAAACCCAUCAUGAGGAUGAAUGGCAACUUUGCCAGGAAGCUCAUGACCAAAGAGACUGUUGAGGCCGUUUGUGAGUUAAUCCCCUCCGAGGAGAGACACGAAGCUCUGAGGGAGCUGAUGGACCUUUAUCUGAAGAUGAAACCCGUGUGGCGAUCGUCAUGCCCGGCUAAAGAGUGCCCAGAAUCCCUCUGCCAGUAUAGUUUCAAUUCCCAGCGUUUUGCUGAGCUCCUCUCGACCAAGUUCAAGUAUAGAUACGAGGGCAAGAUCACCAAUUAUUUUCACAAAACCCUGGCACAUGUCCCUGAAAUUAUUGAGAGGGAUGGCUCCAUCGGGGCCUGGGCAAGUGAGGGCAAUGAGUCUGGCAAUAAACUGUUCAGGCGCUUCCGGAAAAUGAAUGCCAGGCAGUCGAAGUGCUACGAAAUGGAAGAUGUCUUGAAACAUCACUGGCUGUAUACCUCCAAAUACCUCCAGAAGUUUAUGAAUGCUCAUAAUGCCUUAAAAAAUUCCGGGUUUACCAUAAACUCGCAGGCAAGUUUAGAGGACCCAUUAGGCCUAGAGGACUCUCUGGAAACUCAAGAUUCAAUGGAAUUUUAAGCAGGGCAGCCGUGUAUGAGUUGGUUUUGCAAAUGAGUUUUCCUUUGGGUUGCGCUGAGGUCUUCUCCUAGCACCCUUCGGUCUCGUGUGCGGGGCUUCACCAUUCGAGAGGUGGUAGGUUGGAGAGGCCACCGGGGCUAAAACCAUGUCAGGAAUGGUAGCUGAUGAGCCGAUUGCUUGUGCUGUUUAGGGAGUUCAGAGAAGCAACAGGAGAAAUCAGUUAUUUGAAAAGCUCAAUAACUCAGAACAGAAGUAACUGCAGGGGACCAGAGAUUAACAAGAUAUGUGUGU